AUGUCUUACAACGGCCAUUACGGUGGCUCGUCCUCAAAUCCGCCUUCAAAUGGAAGCAGUCGCGAGCGAGAUCGUGACCGUGACAGAGAUAGAGACAGAGAUCGAGGUUAUUAUCCUCGGUACUCUAAUCAGCAGAAAAGAUUUAACCCAGGGGCUGGAUACCAGGAGCAACUGAGCCUGGGCGCCUACAGAAGACAAGAUAAUCGAGAAUAUUAUGGAUAUCGCUCAGGAUAUGGUCGAGGGAAUGGUUUGGGCACUUCUAGUGGCAACGGGCCACAAAAUAAUAGAAGAAGGCCAGAUAAGUAUGACUCGUACCAAGGAAGCAAAUACAGACCCAAUUCACGAGGCAAGAGUGGCCAGUCUGGAAGUCAGAGCAGCAGCAAUCCCAACAACUCACCAUGGGGCUCGUCAAAUGCCAAUCACAACACUAAUCACAACUCCAACCAUAAUGCGCCAGGAGAUUAUGACCAUGGCUCGUAUUACUCGGGUAGAAAACCCUAUGACGAGCGGUACGACGCACGUGGGGACGAUCCCGGGCAUGAUUUUGCCGAUGAGAGGAGAACGGCAGGCCGUAAGAACGACUGGGACUCAUCACAAUUUCCGAAGCAGAGAAAUCAUUCCAGAAAUCACCAUGGACGGGAUCAGUAUAAACCUGAGGGCCUGGGAAGAACUGAAGGACUGAGUAGAUCCGAGAUAUCACGAAUUGAAGGCCUGGGAAGGUCUGAACAUGGAAAUAACACGGUGGCUCCAUCUUUGGAUUCUUCCGAAAAGUUUGAGAAAUCGCAACGAAGCCAGUCAGUAGAGGCCAAAGCAACAGAUGGAAGUAGUCAAAGUUAUCCUUCUUUAGGAGGCCGAAAUGAGCAAACGAAAGACGAAAAACUACUGAGUCUUUUUGAUUCAGACGAUUCAGAAGUGAAGCUUGAAAAGCUCCCAGAAACCAAGCAAGAGCUUGAAACCUCCGGAACAGAUCGAGUUGAUGAAGUUAAGGUGACAUCAGACACUGAAGACUCCAAGUCGAAGUUGGGUGAGGUGGAAGAAACAAGCAAACCCACAGAUAAAGACGUCGCCUACAAUACAAUUCAAGAUAACGAUCUUUCGGCGAACCAGGAUAUAAAGAAUAAGGGUGGCAAAGAGCUAGUGGGUGCAUCUAUUGAAGAGACAUUGACAGAAUUAAUCAAGGAAGAAUCUCCCAGAACGAAGUCUGGUGAAGAAGGACUAGGUGGGGAGGAGGAGAGUAAAAUCGAGGAUACCAAAGAGAGCCCUUCUAACGAACGUCAAGGUGACCAUUCGAAUCUGACGGGCCAUCCAGAAUCCUCUCCGGUCAAGCAAUCGAACAAGGAGGAUGCGAAGCUAAUGGAAUCGUAUGAAGAAACUCAAAAAGAUGAAAUUGCGACCGAUCAGAAGACCGUCGAAUCCCCCGUGGCUGCCAGUUUCGAUACUUCUGCUCUUUCACCGGUGGGAUCACCCAUUUCUGACACAAACAUCAUACGUGGAUUGAAUCUGAUUGACGAACACGAAAAUGGAGGUGCUGAGAACGACGGUGAUAUUUCUGAAGCAGAGACCAUCAUCACAGAAGGAACUGCGACCUUGGAGAAGGGCAAAUCCUUCUUGCGCAAAGAAAAGGACGAGCACAGGAGAAAGCUCAAGCGAAAGGUCAUUUAUUCUUCAGACGAAGAUGAUUUUGAUGAGAAAGAUGACGAAACUCUUGCGAAAGAAAGUCCUUCUCCAAAACCAGCUUCUCCAAAGCCAAACGCCAACACGGGUCAAGGAUCUCUGAAGGUGAAUAAGAAGGAUGCUCAUUCCACAAUCGAGGACCACCUGAAUGAUACUGAAGUGAGCGGAGGAGAAACGGACGACCAUAAUGAGAACAAAUCUAAUUUCAGAAAGAAAGAUUACAAGAUCAAGCGUGACUCGACUGGUCGUUCGUUCUUGCAAAGAGCCUGCAAGAAGGGAGACUUGCAAGAAGUGAAAAAUUUGAUCGAAAGAGGAGCCGAUGCCAAUGAGUGUGAUUUUGGUGGGUUUACGUGCCUACAUGAAGCAGCCCUUGCUGGCCACACCGAAAUUGUGAAAUAUUUGAUUGAACAAGGCGCUAAUGUCAAUAAGCAGGCACUUGAAUUCGGGGACUUCGAAACACCAUUGAUGGAUGCCGCUGAAAACAAGCACAUUGAAACUGUCAAAUUGCUUCUCGCUCAUGGUGCGGAUCCUGACAUCUGCAAUGCUGAUGGAUACUCUGCAUUGACCAAGUUGUAUCAUUUACAGGAUGAGGAAGAAGAUUAUGAAGAGAUUAUCGCUUUAUUGGAUGCCGCCUCUCAGGUUGGGGGCAAAUCAAGCUUACAAGCAGUAUCUCAGUCGUCUCGAAGAAUUAUUGAGGAUCCAACUGAAAGUUAUUUUGCUGAUCUAGUUCGAAAAAAGACCUCUGCAACCAUCUUCAGAUAUUUGGCUCAAGGACUCAAAGAGGCUGCUGCAGGAGAUUUUGUCACUCAUGCUUAUUCAUUACAGAAAACUCCUGAUAUUUUAAAUGUUGCUGCCAGAAAUGGACAUGUCGAAUUGGUAGAUAUCCUUUUAGGAUUGAAUCCUGGCUCAUUCGACAUCAACCAAACUAACAGAAUUGGUGUAACCGCUCUCUUGGCAACCGUUGGAAGGGGUCACUAUGAGGUUGUCAAAUUUUUGCUCUCUAAGGGUGCAAACCCCAAAUUAAAGCGUGAUCAAGACGGUUUGAACGCACUCCAGGUUGCAAAACACUCAGCCCAACAUGAUCCAAGAGAAGUAAUUCUUCUCGAACAGUAUAUACGAGGGCAGAUUCCCAAGGACCCCUCAACCCCUCAACCCAAUGAAGUUGAAGAAGAUGCCAACAUGGAUGUGGAUGACGAAAUAUCCUCUGGCCCAAUUGAGAAGAAAAGAAGAGCUUCUGAAGACCAAGGGGGGCCUGUGAAGAGAGCAAAGAGCGGAGAACCAGAGCCGAAAGCCAAAGAGCAGAUCAGAAGUCAUGAUCAUAAGUCAAAGGAGGCUCCCUUUAAAAAUGAAGAUUCAAAGGAGAUGGUAACCAGCAAGCAGAGCCUUCCAGAGGUGCAGAAGCCUGAAACGCAAGUCUUCAAGAAAGAGCUUACAGCAGAUUCUCGCGAAGUCUCACCCGCGUAUGAUCAAGGAGAUUACAAGAGGAAUAAGCAGAAAGGCAGCGCAUCUGCAUCGCCUGUUCCUCUUACCAAGGCACAAGAGGAGCAGAAAAUAAAGGCUGCUGAAGAAGCCAAACAUUGGCAAGAGAAAGUCCAAGCCAAAAAGAGAGCAAGAAGAGAAAUGUUUUUGCUAGCAGAAAAGGAGAAGGAGAAGAAGAGGAAGGAGGAAGAGGAGAAGAAGAUGGAAGAAAUGAAGCAACAGAAGCAAAAAGAAGUGGAGGAGAAGUUGAAAGAAGCAAAAGAAGCAGAACGUCUUUUGCAAGAGAUUGAAAAGAAGAGGCUGACCAUGGAAAUCCAGUCGGUGAUCCAAAAGUACCCAAUUGGAUUGCAGGAGGCAUCUUUUAAUGGAUCAAUCUCUGAUAAUGAGCGAUUGAAGUUUUCUCCACUUUAUGUCUUUGAGCAUGGAGGCGAUAGCUGGGUCGUCGACUUACAGAUUGCAUUGCUUUUAGCUGCACCAGUGUCAGACAUCCACAAGCACUGCAACAUGGUCAACUCCGCACAGAUCCCUCAGCCCGCAAAGGAAGCCAUGUGGCCACUCUUUUUCCAUAUGGUUGGUGUUGGAAGACACGACCGAGUUGACAGUCAAGGCUGCGCCAAGUUCAAGAUGUUGGACUUGCGGUACCUCAAGUUGAAUGAAGUGACACAUUUUGUUCGGGAGCAGUACCCGGAAGUGGAUAGUCUUAUCUGGAAGAAUGGUAAGUUGACGAGGGUCAAGUUGGAAAUCAAAGCAGAAAGCUCACAACCUCUGAGAGUGCCUCCAGUGAACGAGAAACCCAACGCCAGUGGAUUCAUUCCACCCAAAUGGAGGCAGCGUCCAGACGUGUUAAAGACUAUUCAGUCUGCCAGUGUGCCUCUAUGGUGA